CGAACAAAAGAGAGGAUUGGAGAUGCACUGCUGGUUGACCCGUAACUCAGCAGGUGGAAACAAUUCUAAGAAGGCCAUGGAAGAAGAUUCCUCAUCCUAUAAGACUGUCCUUUCUUUUGGACGUUUCAAAGUUCGAAAAUUACAAAAUGGCCCCUGUUCGGAGCAAGCCAACCACACUCCUAAAUCGGAUCUUCCUUCUUCCACGCAAGCAGAAGAAAACGGGUCUCUUUCAGCUCCCCCCGAUUACGAGACUUCAAUUGAUGCUUGUCCCCGCUAUGAGUUUUAUGCGCUCUCCGCACCACCUGGACGUCGGAAGAUCCGACCCACUUUGGACAUGUUGAGGAAUGCAGAACCGGGGAAAAGGCAAGCAUAUCCUGGGGGCCCAGACUGUGCUGACCCCAAUUUAGAAUCUGGUUCUAAGGAUGGGGAGGAAAAGGACGUGGAAGACCCCGAACCGGAAGCUGAGCCCGUUCGAUUUGGCUGGGUGACGGGAGUUAUGAUCCGGUGCAUGCUCAAUAUUUGGGGUGUGAUCCUUUAUCUCCGUUUGCCCUGGAUAACGGCCCAGGCUGGCAUAGGGUUAACCUGGUUGAUCAUUCUCAUGUCCUCUGUGGUGACCAGUAUUACUGGUCUUUCCAUCUCUGCAAUUUCCACCAACGGCAAAGUCAAAGCAGGGGGAACCUACUUCCUGAUCUCUCGCAGCUUGGGCCCAGAACUUGGUGGAUCCAUUGGUCUUCUCUUCUCCUUUGCCAAUGCUGUGGCUGUAGCCAUGCAUGUGGUGGGUUUCUCCGAAACCGUGAAGGACCUGCUGGUGGAGUCUGAUGCCGUGAUGACCGAUCCAGUGAACGAUAUCCGCAUCGUGGGUGUGAUCACUGUCACCGUCCUCCUUGGAAUCGCUUUGGCUGGCAUGGAAUGGGAAGCGAAAGCUCAAGUUGUUUUCUUCUUUGUCAUCAUGAUAUCCUUCAUCAACUAUUUCGUCGGGACCUUAAUCCCUGCCUCACCAGAGAGAAUGUCCACAGGCUACUUCAGCUACCGUAGUGACAUCUUCUUGCAGAACCUCGGGCCUGAAUGGCGAGGAGAAUCAGGAAGUUUUUUUGGCAUGUUCUCCAUCUUCUUCCCUUCAGCCACUGGGAUCCUGGCCGGGGCCAAUAUUUCAGGAGAUCUGAAGGACCCAGCAGUGGCCAUCCCCCAAGGAACACUAAUGGCUAUCUUCCUGACCACCAUCAGCUAUUUGGCCAUUGCUGCCACCAUAGGAGCUUGCGUCAUCCGUGAUGCCUCUGGAAGUCUCAAUGACACUUUGGUUUCCAACUUCACCGGCGGAGACUGUGUUGGCCUGGGCUGUGGGUACGGCUGGAACUUCACCGAAUGUACUACGACACAGACCUGUGAAUAUGGGCUUGCCAAUGAUUACCAGACAAUGAGUAUGGUGUCGGCAUUCAGCCCCCUGAUCACUGCGGGAAUCUUCGCUGCCACACUCUCCUCUGCUUUGGCUUGCCUUGUGUCAGCCCCCAAGGUCUUCCAGUGCCUCUGUCAGGACAAUCUCUACCCUCUGAUCGGCUUUUUCGCCAAGGGUUAUGGAAAGAAUAAGGAGCCACUGAGGGCUUAUGCUCUAACCUUUAUCCUGGCCAUUGCCUUCAUCCUCAUAGCUGAACUGAAUACCAUCGCUCCCAUCAUCUCCAACUUUUUCCUCUGCUCGUACGCCCUGAUCAACUUCAGCUGUUUCCAUGCUACCAUCACCAAUUCCCCAGGCUGGAGGCCUUCCUUCCGCUACUUCAGCAAAUGGACUGCGCUCUUUGGAUCCAUCAUCUCCGUGGUCAUCAUGUUCCUACUGACUUGGUGGGCAGCUCUCAUUGUUGUUGGGGUCAUCAUUGUGAGCUUGGCAUAUGUCACCUACAAGAAACCAGAGGUAAACUGGGGCUCCUCAGUCCAAGCUGGGACCUACAACAUGGCUCUCUCGAAUGCCAUGAACCUGACCAAUGUGGAAGACCAUGUCAAGAAUUUCCGGCCUCAGUGUUUGGUCCUGUCAGGUCCUCCCAACUUCCGACCAUCCCUGGUGGAUUUUGUUGGCGCCUUCACUAAAAACGUCAGCCUCAUGAUAUGCGGAAACGUGACUGAGGAUUCCUCCUGCAUUGAGGAUUAUGAUGAGCAACUCCAGUGGCUCGGCAAGCGGAAAAUCCAAGCGUUCUACAACUUCAUCACCCUCGGAGACUUACGUUCAGGAGCUAGAAGCCUUAUGCAGGUCUCAGGUCUCGGACGUCUAAAACCCAACACCAUAGUUCUCGGUUAUAAAAAUGACUGGCAGACCGACUCUCCCCUAAACCUGGAGAAUUAUGUGGGCAUAAUACAUGACUCCUUUGACCUCGGCACUGCGGUCUGCCUGCUUCGGAUGAGAGAUGGACUGGAUAUGUCACGGGUGAUGAAGGCCCAAGUGAACCUGGGUUUUGAAGAUACAGAAGCCGCCUUGGGGAAGGAGAAACAGAAACGUGGCGUGUUUAAAGUUGGCGCCGAUGCCAGCUUCGAGACCGUCUUCCAGAGCAAGCAGAAGAAGAAAAAUAUCGAUAUCUAUUGGUUGUUUGAUGAUGGUGGGCUGACCCUCCUCAUCCCCUAUCUUCUGACUCGCCGGAAACGCUGGAGCCAGUGCAAAGUCCGAGUCUUCAUCAGUGGGCAGAUCUCUAAUGCCGAGGAACACAGAGAAGAGAUCCAGUUUCUGUUGGACAAAUUCCGUCUGGGCUUCAGCGAGGUUGUGGUGCUGCCUGAAAUAAUGUGGAAACCUGAGGAGAACAGUUGCAAAGAAUUCGAGGACCUGAUAGCUCCAUAUCGGCUGAACGAGGGCCAAAAAGAUGCCGAAACCAUAGAAGCAAUGAAGAAGGAGAUGCCAUGGAAAAUCACCGGUGAAGACCUGAGAAUCUACAAGAAAAAGUCUGAACAGCACAUGCGUCUUCAUGAGGUUCUACAAGAUCACUCCCGCAAUGCAGCCCUCAUCGUCAUAAGCCUUCCGGUGGUACGGAAAGGAGCCUGUCCCAGCUCCCUCUACAUGGCCUGGCUUGAGACAGUCUGCAAGGACUUAUAUCCACCAAUUGUCUUCAUCCGCGGCAAUCAAGAGGAUGCACUCACCCUCUACUGCCAAUAGGGGGUAGCAGGAUCCCAAAGAAGCCUUGCGCAAACAGGCUAUAAGAGGCUGCCUGUUAUGCCAGCCCAGCUACAAGGGGGGGCAGAAGACUCCAAAGUCUGACAGUCCCCCUCCCCCAAAUGGAAAGCAGAUGGGCAUUGCCAUUGAGUGUGUCAGCAUCACCAGGAGGCCGGGACCAUCCACGCACAACGACGGGAUUUUGCCGACUUUUUUUUUUUAAAAAAAUCCCUGCUUGUUGAGUUUGAACGCAGAGGACCGAUUCUGAAUGUGUUGUGUCUCCGUACUCUGUAAAUAGUGAUAUUUUUUUGAAUAUUGUUAUUUAAUAACC